CUGUUUCAUACAGCUAGUGUCAGGACUUUGUUCUCUGGUGAAUGGCUGCCCAGCAGUUAGGCAUUCAAUAACUAUAUGUUGAAUGACUCAAUGGAUUCCCAUUUUCUUUCUUAGGGGCUUCUUCUUCUGCCUAGAGAAAUGGUCUUCAGGCCACCCUUGUUCUUUAGCCUGUGGAAAAUGAACACUGUGUUCUGUGUACCAAAUGUUUCUACAAAGACACUGACCGAGCCAUCAUGGAGGUGGCUGAGAUGGAAAGUCCUCUGAACCCCAGCUGUAAGAUAAUGACGUUCAGACCCUCCAUGGAGGCAUUCCGGGAGUUCAACAAAUACCUUGCAUACAGGGACUCUAAAGGAGCCCAUCGAGCAGGUCUUGCAAAGGUGAUUCCUCCUAAGGAGUGGAAGCCAAGACAGUGCUAUGAUGACAUUGAUAAUUUGCUCAUUCCAGCACCAAUUCAACAGAUGGUCACAGGGCAGUCAGAACUGUUCACUCAGUACAACAUCCAGAAAAAAGCGAUGACCGUGAAGGAGUUCAGGCAGCUGGCCAACAGUGGCAAAUACUGUACUCCAAGAUACUUGGAUUACAAAGAUUUGGAACACAAGUACUGGAAGAACUUACCUUUCGUGGCCCCCAUCUAUGGUGCAGAUAUUAACGGGAGCAUAUGUGAUGAGGUACAUUCGUAUUUACAAUGAGUUUUGUAAACGAUCACUGAAUGUAACAGUUUUGUUACCAUUUAAGCAGGUUAGAAGUGGUCCUUU